GUCGGGGGGCGGGGCGGCGCGGGCGCGCGGUGGGGGCGGGGCGGCACGGGCACCGCCCCCGGCCCCUCCCCGGUCCUCCCGGCACGGCGCUCCGACCGCGGGCGGCCGAGGGGCGGGCGCGCCGCGGCAUCCCCAUCCCGGUCGUCGCGUCGCCGGGCGCAGCGCGAGGCCCGGCCAUGGCCACCACCAGCACCACGGGCUCCACCCUGCUGCAGCCGCUCAGUAACGCCAUGCAGCUGCCCAUCGACCAGGUCAACUUUGUAGUGUGCCAGCUCUUUGCCUUGCUUGCAGCCGUUUGGUUUCGAACUUACCUACAUGCAAGCAGAACUAGUUCUUCCAUAAGACAUGGGAUCGCCACUCUUCUGGGCCUCUACCUUGCACUUUUUUGCUUUGGAUGGUAUGCCUUACACUUCCUUGUACAAAGUGGAGUCUCCUACUGCAUAAUGAUCAUCAUCGGCGUGGAGAGCAUGCACAAAUAUUGUUUUGUGUUUGCUUUGGGAUACCUCACAGUGUGCCAAAUUACUAGAGUCUAUAUCUUUGAUUAUGGACAAUAUUCGGCUGAUUUUUCAGGCCCCAUGAUGAUCAUUACGCAGAAGAUCACCAGCCUGGCCUACGAAAUCCAUGAUGGGAUGUUUCGGAAGGAUGAGGAGCUGACGCCGUCGCAGAGAGGGUUAGCUGUAAGGCGCAUGCCCAGCCUGCUGGAGUACCUGAGUUACAACUGCAACUUCAUGGGCAUCCUGGCGGGUCCGCUGUGUUCUUACAAGGACUACAUCACCUUCAUUGAGGGCAGAUCCUACCAGGUGGUACAGCCUGGUGAGAACGGCAAGGCACAAGGGCAGUGCGAGAGGACCGAGCCAUCUCCCAACGUCGCUGUCAUCCAGAAGCUUGUGGUCUGUGGCCUGUCCUUGCUGUUUCACUUGACUGUCUCCAAAACGCUGCCCGUGGAAUACAACAUCGACGAGCACUUCCGGGCCACAGCAUCGUGGCCAGCAAAGGUCACCUAUCUGUAUGUGUCGCUUCUGGCCGCCAGACCCAAAUACUAUUUUGCUUGGACGUUAGCUGAUGCUAUUAAUAAUGCUGCCGGCUUUGGUUUCAGAGGAUAUGACAGAAACGGAGCAGCUCGCUGGGACUUGAUUUCCAAUUUGAGAAUUCAGCAGAUAGAGAUGUCAACAAGUUUCAAGAUGUUUCUGGAUAAUUGGAAUAUUCAGACAGCUCUUUGGCUCAAGAGGGUGUGUUAUGAACGAGCCUCCUUCAGCCCAACUAUACAGACAUUCUUUCUCUCUGCCAUUUGGCACGGGGUGUACCCAGGAUAUUAUCUCACGUUUCUAACAGGGGUGCUGAUGACACUCGCAGCCCGCGCUAUGAGGAGUAACUUCCGACAUCAUUUCGUCGAACCACCCCAGCUGAAAUUAUUUUAUGAUGUGAUAACGUGGCUAGUCACUCAAAUAGCAAUAAGUUACACAGUUGUGCCAUUUGUGCUUCUUUCUAUAAAACCAUCAUUCACAUUUUACAGCUCCUGGUAUUACUGCCUUCACGUCGGUAGUAUCUUGGUAUUGUUGUCAUUACCAGCAAAAAAAUCCCAAAGAGGGAAGAGUGCACAAGGAAACACUCCACUUUCACGUUCCAAAAAGUUAGAUGACAGUGAAAACUCUUUGGGACAGAACAGUCUUCCCGCCACCAACAGUGUUUGUAGUCGGAGUCCAGGAGCCACGUCCAGACAUCCGCUGCUGCAGCAGUGACGCGGAGCCCGUCGGUGGCCACAGUGUGGGAGCAGACGCCUGACCUGUCGCAGGAGAGAGACUGGGGGUGGGGACAGGGUGGUUGUAGAGGAAACUUCUGGGUGAGCUACACAGGGAGCGGGGGAAGCAGCCUUUCCCUUCCCGCGUGUGUCCCUGCAGCCAGGCCUUAGCUGAAGUCCUUCCCUGUCGCGCUGGGGCGUCCUCAGAACGCCCCUGCCCACUGAAUGUCCUUGCAUACCCAAGGCACCACAGGGAUGGACGAACCCUCGUGCUGGCCUGGAUCCAGGUUGGGGGAAACUAAUUUUUCCACACGAAUGUCUUGCCUUAAUCCCUUCUUUUUCCUGAAAUCUUGUUCCUACGUGGCCGUUUCAGGUGUACCGUUGUGCGAACACUGAGUAUUCACUGUUGUGUGCUGGAAAGGAACUCCAGGGGGCUUUGAAAUGGGCAGUUGGGGGUUGUGAUACUUGAAAACCUGCAAUAAACAUCUCAGUGUUUGAGGAGG